AUGGCAGCCAUUGCCGUUGCUUCACCAAAAUCCGCCAUUUUGCAGAACCCAAUCUCUCUCAGAGAACCAAGUUGGAGUCCUUUUGGUGGGUCCUUGAAGGGUCUUUGUUUACAAUUGAAACCCAGAAACAAGAACAAAGAAAAUGCCAUCAAUUUGGUGGUUGCUUCAACAAACUCCACCAACUCAGCAAACACCAGUAGAAGCAGAGGUGGUGGCCGCUUUUACAUCAACUUCACCGGGUUUCCUUUUCCUCUGGGUCCGUUUCUCAAUAGGAGCACCACUAGGACUGAGGCUGUGAAGGGCUGCAUAUGGUUAUUUGAACAAGAGCAAGCAUUAGGCUUCAGCAGUGUGUCAACAAACAUUAGAAUGACAGUCAUCAAACUUAAAUCUGGAGGACUGUGGGUUCAUGCCCCCAUUGCUCCAACCAAGGAGUGUAUUCAGCUUCUGAAAGAGUUGGGAGCUCCCGUAGAAUACAUAGUUCUGCCUACAUUUGCUUAUGAGCACAAAAUUUUUGUUGGUCCAUUUUCUAGAGAGUUCCCUCGAGCUCAGGUAUGGGUGGCACCAAGGCAAUGGAGUUGGCCUUUGAAUCUGCCACUGGAGUUUUUUGGGAUCUUUCGUGCUAAAACCUUAAAAGAUGAUGAUUUGUCCACCCCAUGGGCUUAUGAGAUUAAGCAGAAGGUUCUAAGUUCACCAGAAGUUGGUAUUGGGCCAUAUGUGGAGGUAGCUUUCUAUCAUAAGCCUUCCAGAACUCUACUGGUAACGGAUGCGGUAAUUUUUGUGCCAAGACAGCCACCUGAUUGUAUUAGCAAAGAAUCCUUGUUAGCAUCUGCAAAGAAUGGUUUGGCUGUAAAACUUCUUAGUAAAGGAAAAGAAGUACCUCAAGAACCAGUAGUUGACAACAAGGUGAACCGUCAAAAAGGAUGGGAAAGAAUGGUUCUUCAAAUUCUGUUUCUCGGUCCAUCGAAUCUGUUGGAACCUAAUGCUAGCUUUGCUCAGAUGUCACAAAAGCUGAUUGUUUCACCAAUUGUAAAGACUCUGGUCUUCAGCAAAGUCCCUGAAAAGGUCAGGGAUUGGGUUGAUGGAAUUGCACGGGAGUGGAGGUUCAAGAGAAUAAUCCCCGCUCAUUUUGCUGCACCAAUCAAUGCAAGCAGGUCUGAUUUGUUAGCUGCAUUUGCAUUUCUGGAUGACCUUUUGGAUGAACGCUAUGUCACUCGGCCUUCACUCUCUCUUCUCUUCACAUCACUUAUGGGAAAGGCCGCCAGCUACUUCCCUCCCGACGACAUGAAGACUUUAUCAUCGCUUGAUAAGUUUUUGGUCUCAGUGGGAGCUGUGAAGAAGACUGUCUCAGGCCGGAAACGAUGA